CGGUAGCGCGCCGCGUGGGGUCGACACGACGCCUCUCAACCUCGACCACACCCAAGAUGAAGCCCAUGUCAUCGGUAGGCGCUGGAUUUAUCAAUCAUGACCAUGGCAGCAAGCUGAGGGAAUCGAAGGCGGAGUUCACACCGAUCGGCGUGAUGUUGGGGCUGGUGCUGAUGGCGUUGACCAUCGGCGCGCACGCGGCGAACCAGCAGUUGGCGCACUCGCCCGGCGCUCGCGUGAGCAAGAAGAAGAGGGAGAUGAUGGCCGAGGUGGAGGAGCCGGAGCACGUGGCCGGCGAGGCGGACCGCUUUGUCACCAAGUCCUUCUCGAGGAAGGUGGCUCACCUGCAGGACUUGGACGCCGUCAGAUCCGACCCGAGUCCCCCAUCCAUUCCAUCAAAAAUUUUGAAGGAUGAGAUUUGUGUUGUUGUCACCAUAUCCUCCGUUGUACAUCUGUGGAAGAAUGAUGCAGAAACAAAAAGUAAACAAACCAUUUCUGGUGGAAAUAACACCCGACGACAGUUGCAUCAUCUCUUCAAUGUGAUGAUUCCAGCAGAAGGAGUCGAAGGACUUUUUCUCAGAUCUGUCAUUCAUAAUUCUGCAUAA